CUUUGUGUCCUCAGGACCCCGUCUGGCCUGCAGAGAGGACCCUCGAGGAGGGGAGGAGGGCUCUCCAGCUCCUAACAGCCCCCGUGGUCCAGUUGGGUGGUUCAAAUCAAGACCCGACCGAGGCCCACGUGUAGAAUGUGCUUCAUGUACUGAGGAGAGUAGUCACUGGACCUGGGUUUGCCUGAUCGUACCCUCGUCGUGUCAUCGAAUACCUUCCUCCUGUAAACUGGUAGUUGGGCUGCGGGCCUGAUUCGAGCCAAGUUUGAUGUUCUUUGGCAGGAGUACUUCAUGGGUGGCGCUGGGUCCUCCGUACCGCACUGCUUCGGGAGGUUCACGAGGACGGAUCGUCCCACUUUCGGUGAUGAUCUUGUGGGGUAGCAAAUGCAGCUGUUCUCAGCCUGGCCCACCCACUGUAAAAUUCCUUCCCUGCCCUUCACCUGUGGUUUAGCAGUCAUUGGUGACCAUCACCAGUGUCCGUUAUUGUAUUCGGGGUUACAGAAUCACUGUAAUGAUCGUUCCUCCUGUGCUGUUAGAUGUGAUUCUUCCACUUGUUCUCUUUAAAACAUGUGUGUGGUUAUUCUCCUGGGGUCUUGGGAGGGGUUGGAGGUGAACUUGUGGCUAAUCUACAAGCUUGACAGGAAAGUCAGGGUGUGAGCUUGGGCCUUGGUGGUGUUAGAACUUUGAAGCAAUCUAAGUAAAUGCAGUUCUUCGGGGAGGUGAGGCAGCAUGAGAGAAAUAAAGGCCAGAAGCACCCUGGGGAGUGAGCACAGGCCUUCCAGCGGUUCCCACAGGUGCAUCACUGAAGGUGCGUUGAGCUGUGUGAACACUUAGGCUUUGUGCGCUUCUCUGUCUGAGUGUUACACUGAAAGUUCACGUUACACAGCAGCAGCAGCCUUCAGGGAAACUGAGGUGUGAGCAGGUCUGUAAGAGAAAAACCAAGACAUUGGCAUUGAAACAUCCAGGGCAUCCUUCAUGGGUGGAGGGUGUGGUCAGCAGGUUUAAGUACUGUGGAAAGGUCAGAGAAGGUAAAGAUAGAUAGAUUUGGCUUAGCAACCACAAGGCAUCAGGGAUCUUGGUGAGAGCUUGGUAAAAAUAAGAAUCAUCAUUAAUGUAUGUUCACUGUCCCAAAAUGUUACAACAUAGACCAGCAAAAAUGAUUACUAUAAAGAAAAGUUUUCAAGUACCCAGAAACAGAAAAACGGGUGAUGACCAUGGCAGAGAAGAAACUGUAGUGGGGUAAAGUUUGGAAGACAAAGAAGGAGAGAGGGUGAGAGUCGACUCUUCCUUGCAGGAGCUUGACUGUCAGGGACUUCUACGUAGGCUUUUGAGAAAGAGGAGGAGAUGAUUCUCCAUCCUGCUUGGUCUCAGAGGAGUAGAAUACAGAGACAAGGUUUAGUGAGGGAAAAGAGAAUGGGUUUUUAUUGUGGGCUACAGUAAGCCUGAGUGUAUAGGCACAUCAGCAGGAAGUUGACUCUGUGGUAAAUGGUUUAAGCCAAUCACCCUGUGAAUGUAGAGGGGGUGCAGUUCAGACACACAGAAUAAAAGUUGAACUGAAGAUGAGGACCCAGCAGUAACUACUUCCUGCUGGCACAGAUCAGGAUGACAAGCUUGGUUUAAAAGCCAUGACUAGCAGGUACAAAAAAGAAGCCCAUGGGAAAGAACUUACACAGUUAGCAGGCUGUGAAGGGGGCGGGGUAGAAGUCAGACAACCUGCGGAGUGGAGACAGUGUACUUUGUGCACACAUCCAGUCUGCAGGUGUUCCAGGGUUGAUUCUAUAUUGAAUGGGAGACAGAUCAGAAAGUCAGUUUGCAAACAGAUGCGAGGACUGGCUGAGAAGAGCAGGGGCUAUGGAUUUUUGGCACAUCACCCGUGACGUACAGCUCUCCCUCCACCGCAGGGAAGGGUAGGGCAUCCUCUGAUUGCCCAGGUACCUGAGGCUCACGUUGAUUGUUUAGCAGGACUGUAAGGGAUAUGUAUAUGAAAAAUCAGACAGGCUAUAAUUCAUCUUCCCCUCUAGUUUUCUAGUAGCGUAUUCUCAGUUCUUCUUAAAAUCUAGUAGAGUAUUCUUAGUUCUUCCUAAAAUGUUCAAUUUUGAUUGUUUUCAUUCAGGUGCUUUUGAUGACAACUGAGUGUCCUUGGCCCAGGCUGCUCAGCUCAAUCCUGUCUCCCCUCAGCUCCUGUCCUUUGGAUGGAAUUGAUCUGGGAAUGGAAACCUGCUGUUGGUGCUUGUAGCUUGCAUCCCCCCAGAUCCAGGGCCUUACUAAGUGUCUGGAUUUCCAGUGAAGGAGGGGUCAUAGUCCUGGUGGGAAUUCUGUCCACACUAACCAGCUUUAUUGGAAUUGGGCAAAAGUCUUAGGAAUGGACCUGCUCAUUUUUACCAUGUUUAUUGUUAGCCUGGGUGUCUUAAUUCCCUAAGAGGAUAUCCCAAAUGUGGUAUCCGUGGUGAGUCCUGACCCACAUCAGUCAGAAUCUUGAACAUACGUAGGGCAGUUUUUCUACAUCUUGUCAGGGCUGUGAGACUCACCCCUGCCCCAGUAAACGUUGGUGGGGGCCCAGGCUGAGGAGGACCGUGUGUGUGUUUUAGGAACCAGUGACCUUCAAGGAUGUGGCCGUGGACUUCACUCAAGAGGAGUGGGGGCAGCUGGACCCUGUUCAGAGGACCCUGUACCGUGAUGUGAUGCUGGAGACCUUCGGGCACCUGCUUUCCGUGGGGAAUCAGAUCGCCAAGCCUGAGGUCAUCUCCCUGUUGGAGCAAGGAGAAGAGCCGUGGGCAGUGGACGGAGGAUGUGUUCAAGGCACUUGUCCAGAAUGGAUGAGAAGUCUUGAAAGCAAAACAUUGAUCCCAACGCAGAGUAUUUUUGAGGAACAGUCCCAUAGCAUGAAGUUGGAAAGAUACAUAUGGGACGAUCCUUGGUUCUCCAGGGUAGAAGUCUUGGGAUGUCAAGACCAAUUAGAAAUGUACCACAUGAACCAGAGUAGAGCUAUGAGACAAAUGAUCUUCAUGCAAAAGGAAGUACUGUCUCAGAGAGGCUCUGAGUUCUGUGAUCGUGGGGCAGACUAUGACCAGAGCUUAAACUUUGUUCCGUCUCAGAGAGUUUCUCAAAUAGAACAUUUCUAUAAACCUGAUGCACAUGCUGAAAGUUGGAAAUGUAAUUCAGCCAUAAUGUAUGCAGAUAAGAUUACCUGCGAAAGUAAUGAUUAUGACAACACCUUCUAUCAGUCAGUACAGCCUAUUCACUCUGCAAGAAUGCAAACUGGAGAUCUUUUCAAAUGUACUGAUGCUGUUAAAUCUUUCAAUCAUGUAAUACAUUUUGGUGAUCAUAAGAGAAUUCACACAGAAGAGAAACUCUACGAAUAUAAGGAAUGUCAUCAAAUCUUUAACCAGAGCCCGUCAUUUAAUGAACAUCCAAGAUUUCAUAUUGGAGAACACCAAUAUGAUUACAAAGAGUAUGAGAAUAUCUUUUACUUUUCAUCCAUUAUGGAACAUCAAAAAAUUAAUACAGUAGAGAAACCAUAUAAAUAUAAUGAAUGGGAAAAAGUCUUUGGGUAUGACUCAUUCCUUUCUCAACAUACAAGCACUUACACUGCAGAGAAACCCUAUGAAUAUAAUGAAUGUGGGACAUCUUUCAUCUGGAGCUCUUACCUAAUUCAACAUAAGAAAACUCAUACAGGAGAGAAACCCUAUGAAUGUGGUAAGUGUGGAAAAGUUUUCAGGAAUCGAUCAGCCCUUACUAAACAUGAACGGACUCACACUGGAAUAAAACCCUAUGAAUGUAAUAAAUGUGGAAAAGCCUUCAGCUGGAAUUCUCAUCUUAUUGUACAUAAGAGAAUUCAUACAGGAGAGAAACCUUAUGUAUGUAAUGAAUGUGGGAAAUCUUUCAACUGGAACUCGCAUCUUAUUGGGCAUCAGAGAACUCAUACUGGAGAGAAACCUUUUGAAUGUACUGAAUGUGGGAAAUCGUUCAGCUGGAGCUCCCAUCUUAUUGCCCAUAUGAGGAUGCAUACUGGAGAGAAGCCCUUUAAAUGUGAUGAAUGUGAAAAAGCUUUUAGGGAUUACUCAGCCCUUAGUAAACAUGAAAGGACUCACUCUGGAGCAAAACCGUAUAAAUGCACAGAAUGUGGAAAAUCUUUCAGCUGGAGCUCACAUCUUAUUGCCCAUCAGAGAACUCAUACAGGAGAGAAGCCCUAUAACUGUCAGGAAUGUGGCAAAGCAUUCAGAGAACGCUCCGCCCUCACUAAACAUGAAAUAAUUCAUUCUGGAAUUAAGCCCUAUGAGUGUAAUAAAUGUGGAAAGUCCUGCAGCCAGAUGGCCCAUCUUGUUCGGCAUCAAAGGACUCAUACAGGAGAGAAACCUUAUGAAUGCAAUAAGUGUGGGAAAUCCUUCAGCCAGAGUUGUCACCUCGUUGCUCAUCGGAGAAUUCACACAGGCGAAAAACCCUAUAAAUGUAAUCAGUGUGAAAGAUCCUUUAAUUGCAGCUCUCAUCUUAUUGCACAUCGGAGAACUCAUACUGGAGAGAAACCAUACAGGUGUAACGAAUGUGGGAAAGCGUUCAAUGAGAGUUCUUCCCUUAUUGUACAUCUGAGAAACCAUACUGGAGAAAAACCCUACAAAUGUAAUCACUGUGAGAAAGCUUUCUGUAAGAAUUCUUCCCUUAUUAUUCAUCAGAGAAUGCAUAACGGAGAGAAACGCUUCAUAUGCAGUGAGUGUGGAAAAGCCUUUAGUGGUCACCCUGCCCUAAUUCAGCACCAGAAAAAUCACAGUGAAGAGAAACUCUGUGAAUUGAAUUGAAGAGAGAUUUUUAUAUUGUACAUUUGAUAACAUACUGAAAAGAAACCUAUAAAUAUUAUGAAGUGGGGUAAUUUUUCAGUAAGAAUUCUCCCUUUACUGUCCUUCAGAAAAUAUCUUCUUGGAAGAAAACCCAUGAAUGAAAAGAACAGCAAAUCGUUUUCUGCAGUUAUUCAGCAUUUAUUAAACAUCAGGUAAUUACUAUGAAGAAAACCCCAAACUCUCCUUAUUGUCCACCAGAAAUUCAUGCUUGAGGAACGUGACUGAAGCAGUGAGGUGUCUUGUAGCAACAGCUCUCACUUAUCUGUGGAUCUGUGUAUAUUAUUAAGGGAAGACCUUAUGUAAGGACAAGUGUGUCAACUGGAGAUACACUGUUUUGCAUCAGCUUGGAGUACUGGAUGGAAGGCUUUACAGUAAUAUUUUGUGCAUAAUUGUGGAAAUACAGACUUUGCUAAGAUAAGGGGGGAGGGUUAGGGUGCCCUUUUAGGAUUUGGAGUAAAAAAUCUGAAUUUAAGGAAAAAUCCCAUUGAAUGGGUAUUUACUAUUGAUCAAAAUUAGCCCCUUUAGCAAAGUUUAGUAAAUGCGAUAAUUGAUGAUGGAAAGAUUACUGCCUGAAUUAUAAGAGACUAAUGCUGUUGGAACAAAAUGUGGUACUUAAUAACUCAAUGUGCCCGUGUCCAUUGUUCACUCAUUCCUGCAUUGUUGGGCAGUUAGUAAUUUGUUUCAGGUAUACAUGAAAUGAAGGAAUAGAAAGGGCACAGAAUUGUGUGUGUAUAUAUAUAUAUCCUAUAACAUUUCAGAAAUGUAUCUGGAUAAAAACUAGUUGGACCCAUGGAGAAAUUAACCGUUAAUUUAAGAAUUAUUUUUUUUUGAGUUUUACAAACGCAUAUAGCGCUUCCCACGUGCCAGGCAUUGUUUUAAAUGCUCCACAAGUAUUAACUUGUUUGAUCUCCUUAGCUCUGUGAGAUGGGUACUGUUACUGUCCCAGUUGUACAGAUGGGGAAUUGAAGCAGGGGUGUUAAGGAACCUGCCCCAAGGCACACUGCUGGUGAGUAGUGGAGCUGGGAUUCAGUUUGGCUCCCAAGUUCACAUUGGUAACCACUAUGUUAUGCUGCCCCUCCAGUGAUUUUUUUUUCCUAAUGUUUUUUUUUUUUUUCCCUUUCAUUUGGUGUUUCUGUAGCAGAGAUUUGAUAAUAAAAAUCCGAGAGAAUCCUAAAGAAGAAGGUAAAGUUACAUGGCUUCUCUGUCCCAAAGAAUUCUGUUAAUACAAGAGCUCAGGUCCUUUUGAAAUGUGAACAAGUCUGGAUUAGACCUCAGCAUCACUGGAACCUGGGUUCCCCACAACUGAGGAUUUCUGGGGAGAAGAUAGUGGAAGACACACUGGUAAUUUGGAAAGUCUGAGGAAUGUCCCUUGAUGAGUUUGGAAUACCCUUCUUGAAAUAAAGAGCUGAGAUAUGUGCUCUUUUACACAGACACCAAAAUAUGCAGGAAUACCAUUUUCAGGGUCUCCCCUGCAUUCAAUGUUUCUUGUUUCUUUUUCUACUCCAGGUGAAACAGGGAGGAUUUAGAAGGGAAAGGGAACUAACUAGCCCAUCAUCUGGAAUAAGAAAGUCCCUUGAGUACUCACAGGGGAAAAGACUGAUGGUUCACAGAACUCAGCAGCUUUUCUUCAGGGCACAAGUAUAUUCUCUAUAUCGCUAAAGGAGGAUUAUAACUAGGGACCAAGGAUCCUUCCUGGAUAGACUCAGUGUACUGGAUAGAAUUCCAGGGUAUAUUACAUUCAUCUAAUUCUUGAGGAGCCCACGACUCCCCAACGGUUGAGAAAUUGUGGUCUGCUGGUGUCCUGGGGAGGUUGCAUCACUGUUUUACUCCUGUAGCUGGAGCUCAUGUAAGUAUGUAACAUCUUUCAGGGCCUGAAGCAUAUAGUUGCUCGAUAAAUAUUAGUUGCAGGAGUAAAUUAAUUCAGUUAAUUUCUCUUGUGAUUCAUGCAAAAUCCUUUGUUGAGAAUAGAGUUAGCAGUAUUAUCUCUAUAACAGAAAAGCGGCUUAAUGUGUCCAGAGUCACAUUGUCAAUUUGAUACAGAUACUGUCUUCUAAUGCUCAAAGUAAAACACUUUCAGCUAAUCCAGAUUCUCUGAUUUAGGAACUCCCAUAGGAUUUCUUGAGUAAGAUAAAAUAUUCCACUAGCAUCCAAGUUACUUUAUAAUUGGAUUACCAAGCUUAUUCUCUUUAGAAACUACAUCAGCAUGAGUUAGUGGAAAGCCCCAGACCUCUCUUCCCAGGACUCCUCACUCCUUACCACCAUCACACUCGCCCUGUGCAACACUUCGUUAUGAAGACUGGUUUCAGCAUGCGCUUUUUGUCCAGUAUUCUCAGGUCCUUUUAUAACUCCAACAUUCUAACCCACAUACAUUGCCUUUUCUUACCCCAUCUACUACUCCUCCCCAACUCAGAACUUCUGCUGGCCCUUUUGGAUGUCAUUCACCCAUCAGAAGUCCCCCCUCCACCUUCCUGCUCUAAUGGAAACGUGUCUUCCCUGUAGUAUCUCUCUUAUUCCUCCUGUGCGGUGGCUGUUUUCUCAUUUGCUGCUGCUUUCUAAAACUCAGCUAUGACCCAAGACAGCAGACGGCCUUGUACACUGCUGCUACCUGUUGCAGUCAAUGAGCAGGUUCACUCAUCUGCAAAUCUUGAAAUUUCAGUUCCUGCCUCAUCUCACAGUAUCUAGACCCACCCCCAUCAUAUUCCUAAUUCCAGUGCCCUUUUGGAUGACCUUCCAAUAUCCCAGCCUUGUGGCCCCUCUGCUGGUGGUUGUGGCCAUCACUUCCCACAGCCAGUCUCUCCUGUGUCAUCCCUAGGACCCCACCAGCACCAGUGAUUGGAAUCCCUCCACAGUCCAUUGUGAGUGUCCCUUCCUGAUCUAGUUGACUUUAUAUGGUACCCAGAUUCCAACAGUCCCUUGACUAAACCUUCCAUAAUGUUCAGCACCAGCAGACGACUUUAUUUCCUGGGGGGAAAUGGAAGCAAAUUAGUAAAGCCUUUCAUGAGGUCCCUCCACCUCCUCCACUUGGCUUCCACAGCAUCGGCACUUUCUGGUAUCCAGAGCCUGUGCUCUCACCGCUUCUCAGCAUCGCUCCAGCGAGUCUCCCAGUCUUUUGUAUCAACAGAUUUUCUCUGUUGGAUUAUUGCCACUAACGUAAACAUGCCGCCUAAAUAGGAAUAAAAAAUCCCCCUUAGCAUCACAUCCCCUUAAAGCCCCUGCAUCAUUUCUCUUUGGAAAGCAAAAUUUACUUUUAGGAAGUUUCCUAAAACUAAAGUUUUUUAGGAAGUUUACCCUAAGUUGUUCUUGAUGCUUCCAGU